AUGGAUUCGUACGACUACGUGAUUGUCGGUGCAGGCGUCAACGGUACGUCGAUUGCGACCUCGCUGGCCUCGCACGGCUUCCGGGUCGCUGUGCUGGAUCGGUCGGCGGACGGCUUUGUCGCUCCGGACGGCGCAUCGCACGACCUCAACAAGAUCGUGCGUGCCGACUACACGGAUGCGAACUUCUGCACUCUGGCGAAAGAGGCGAUUGCCCGGUGGAGAUCCAGCCCCGUGCUGCGGCAGUUCUACCACGAGGUCGGCGUGCUCUUCCGCUCGUCCGCCUCGGGCGACGUGUGGGGGAACGAGGGAAGUGCAGAGGAGUACGUCCACAAGGGUAUCAAGCAUGCAGCGCUCGAAAGCGAUGCUCAUCUCGAGGUGUUCCCCGCCCAAGAAAAGGCGCGAGCCUACAAGCUCAAGAACGACACGCAGGUCGACGAGAUCCUGGGAAAGGCGCGCGAGCUCAAGGGCGACGGGUUCAAGGGGAUGGGCCGCGUGCAGACGGGCUACUUUAAUCCACGCGCUGGGUGGGCCGAGGCGAACAAUGCGACGAGGGCGCUACUUGGGCAUGCGAUCAAACUUGGUGUUACCGUGUAUCCGGACAGCAGCGUGGAUUCGUUCGUCUACGAGGCGGGCGAGGUGGUGGGAGUCAAGACGGCGGAUGGACGCGUGGUGCGGGGCGACAACGUGGUGCUUGCCGCGGGAGCAUGGACGCAGGAGCUGCUCACCACGCUGCUCCCCGGUGUGGGAGAGGGAUGGAUGACGCGCCCCAGUGCGCAGUGCGUGGCGGUGGUGCGUUUGACCCGCGAAGAGGCGAUGCAGCUUGGCGAUACGCCCGUGGUGAUCAACUUUGCCACGGGAUUCUACCAGUUUGAACCCACGCCCACCGCGUCGCCCGACGAGUGGCACAUGAAGAUCGCCAUCCACUCGAACGGAUACCUGCACCCUGCACCGCAAUCCUCGUGCUCGGGCACCUUCCCCGCCUUCAGCUGCACAGACAGCACCGAGCAGGAUGCGUUUGGCAUGGCCGCCUGCAGCAUGCCCGCCAACCAGCUCGAGAUCAUGCUCGAGGAGCUGCGGCAGACGUGGCCGCACCUCGCGCAGCGCGAGCGCCUAGUGUGCACGCGCGUCUGCUGGUACUCGGACACGCUCGACGAAAACUGGAUCUUCGACAGCCUCGCCAACCACCCGGCGCGUCCAAAGGGCACCGACAAGGUGUGGGUCGUCAGCGGAGAUAGCGGACACGCAUUCAAGUUCCUCCCCAUCAUCGGAGACGUCUUCCUCGCCGCCAAGCGCCUCCUCCCCAACACGAGGCAGCUGGAUCUCACCAGGUUCACCUUCAACCACCAUGCACGCACCCACGCCGACAAAAACGCAGGCCGCGCCGUCCAGUCCGCCGACAGCAACCGUGCCCACUCGACGCCCCUCGCCAACGCGCGUGCGCGUCUCUAG